AUGUCGUCUCAAAUCGAAGAGCUCAUUCCCCUCACUGUGGCAAAGGGAAGCACUAUGCGUACUUUCAUUGAUCACAGCAAGCCCGACGAAUCGCCUGAGCAUAAUUGGGUCGAAGUCGUUUACGACGGGAAGGAAGACUCAGAAGUCUUCGCCAUCCCAAACCAUUGGCACAAGUACCACGAUGAGAUAAUGGAGGUUUUGGAAGGACGAAUGAUUUUCUACCUCGAUGGAAAAGAACUUGUGACUUCUGCUGGCGACCCACCUCUCUUUAUUGCACGCGGGCAUAUCCAUGGCUUUACCGCCAUCAAAGGUGAGCGUGUAAGAUUCACGGAGCGAACACAACCGGCGGGAACCUUCAAGGCUACGUUCUUCCAAGAUUUGUUGCAGCUGCAACGCUUGCCAGGGUUCCUCCUGAUCAUGCGGGUUUUCUAUGAUGGAGACACUUAUCCUUCUCUGCCUGGAGGAUUCAAAACACUGGAUUACAUAUUUAUCACACUGGUGGGACUCAUUGCCAAACCUUUCGUUCCGGCAACGCCAGCUACGCUGAAGCGGAUUGAUUAG